UUUGUUGCUAGGAUGCCGGGGGAAGUCAUCACAAAGUCUCUGUUUCUCCGGUCGUCCAUGUCCGAGGGCUGUGUGAAUCAGUUGUGGAAGCAGAUCUUGUGGAAGCUCUUGAAAAGUUUGGAACCAUAUGCUAUGUCAUGAUGAUGCCAUUUAAGCGCCAGGCUCUGGUGGAGUUUGAGAAUGUCGAGAGUGCGAAGAAAUGUGUAACGUUUGCAGCAGAUGAGCCUGUAUACAUUGCUGGACAGCAAGCCUUUUUCAACUACUCAACAAGUAAAAGGAUUACUCGGCCAGGGAACAGUGAUGACCCAUCUGGUGGAAAUAAAGUUCUCCUGUUGUCAAUUCAGAAUCCUCUCUACCCAAUUACUGUGGAUGUCUUGUAUACUGUGUGCAACCCUGUUGGAAAAGUUCAGCGCAUUGUGAUAUUCAAGAGAAAUGGAAUACAAGCUAUGGUUGAGUUUGAAUCAGUGUUUUGUGCCCAGAAGGCGAAGGCUGCACUCAAUGGAGCAGAUAUCUAUGCAGGAUGCUGCACACUAAAAAUUGAAUAUGCAAGGCCAACUCGACUUAAUGUCAUUAGAAAUGACAAUGAUAGUUGGGACUACACUAAACCGUAUCUGGGCCGACGAGACAGAGGGAAGGGCCGCCAGAGGCAAGCCAUUUUGGGAGAGCACCCGUCAUCAUUUAGACAUGAUGGUUAUGGGUCACAUGGUCCUUUGUUGCCCUUGCCGAGCCGGUACCGGAUGGGGUCUCGGGACACUCCAGAACUUGUUGCUUAUCCGUUGCCCCAGGCAUCCUCCUCUUACAUGCAUGGUGGAAAUCCUUCUGGGUCAGUUGUCAUGGUUAGUGGGUUGCAUCAGCUAAAGAUGAACUGUUCAAGGGUCUUCAACCUGUUCUGCUUGUAUGGAAACAUUGAGAAGGUGAAAUUUAUGAAGACUAUUCCAGGCACGGCGCUGGUUGAAAUGGGUGAUGAGUAUGCUGUGGAAAGAGCUGUCACGCAUCUCAACAAUGUCAAGUUGUUUGGAAAGAGACUUAAUGUCUGUGUUUCCAAGCAGCAUUCAGUAGUUCCAAGCCAGAUAUUUGAACUGGAGGAUGGCACGAGUAGUUACAAGGAUUUUGCAAUGAGUAAGAAUAAUCGCUUCACCAGUGCUGGCCAGGCAUCUAAGAACAUCAUCCAACCACCGUCUUGUGUGCUGCAUUAUUAUAAUGUUCCGCUGUGUGUAACUGAAGAAACAUUUGUAAAG